GACAUUAUGGAUUUCCAAACUUGCUAUAUCUAUGAUCCAUCUGCUCGCACUAAGGACAGGCCGGUGAANAAACGUCGGGUCGAACCUCUACAGGGCCUGCAAACUUCAUGGCCUCUUCGCCGCUCGCUAUAUCAACGACUGUGGGCCAAACAGCAGGCUCGAUUGAAGGUGGCCAGCUUCCUUCUCCUUCAAAACAACAAUCUAACAAAUCAACCANNGGACUUGCUUCUUGAAAUCAACGAAUCUACCAUCAACCAAAUCUCUACUUUUGUUACGUCUACCGAUCCUCAACCCACCCCUGGCAGAGUUUCUUCGGCAGUCAUUCUCACUGGUCCAAGUAUUGCAUCGCAUGCCUUACUGUUUUCUCAAUUGUCCACCAGCAUUGGUCAAGCUGAUGGUAGCAUCUUUGUACCCUUGACAUCUACCCUAGCACCAAACCUCAAGACCUUACUCAAAAACCUUAUCUCCAAGGGAACUUCUGCCGAUACUCAGACUGACGAUGAAGAUGAGGCUGAUACUGUCAAGCCAACCCGCAAACGCACACGUCUACUGAACUAUGAUCUUCAAUUGUUGUACGACUACACUCAGGAGAAAGGCUUGUCUCGAGUGGUCAUUGCCUUCCAGGACUGUGAAGCCUUCGAUGGUGCUCUCCUGUCAGAUGCAAUCGAAUUGUUGACAAUUCCUUUUGUUUUCUUCUUCGGUGUCGCUACAUCCAUCGAAAACUUUUCUGUCAAAUUGUCUAAAAAGGCUACUCGUUGCAUCAAAGGUCAACGCUUCGAUGUUGUCAAGGCUGAAAGUGCUCUUGAAAGUAUCACUGAUGCACUGUACUCGUCCUCCGACAUGAAUACACCUAGUCUGCGGAUAGGUCCGGGGAUCUGUUCUGCCACACUACGACGUCAGCGGGAGCAUAUUCAAAGUCUCGACGCUUUCGUGGAUAGUGUUCAGGUUCGCUUCUCAAUUCAUGAAUGGCGGAACAUUAUUUUCUUGGACGAGACUGUCACACUGGCCGAUAUUUCAGUUGAACACAUGGAGGCGCUACGGAACCUGCCCUCGUUCCAACAGCGAUUGCUAGACGACGACAAAUAUCUCCUUGAGUAUAUCAAAGAACAGAUCAUGGCUGGACACCAAGCUCUGGAGACUAUUUUGAGCACGGUCAACAUGAUCAUGAUACUACAAAAACGCAUACCUGCACUACAGCAACAGCUCAAAUCGACUGUGUUGGUUGAUGCUCUCGCUGGCGAACUCAGAGACUCGAACUUUGAGAGAAACAUGUUCAUGUACCUGAAGAAAGCAGAUUCGGAAGCUCUACUACUGACACUACAGGACAUAUCAUCAGCCACCUCAGGGGACCUGCACAAAACGUGUGAAAAGUUGCUGAAAGAGCUCCAAAAGCUACAGGCCCAGCANAAAGAUGGCGGUGUUCUGCGCAGCGAACAGGACCUGCACAACUCUACUUUGAGAACAACAGUCGUUGCGAANAAAGUCGAGCUGAGCAAGCAAAAAUCUACGCUCACCAAGAGUGAUGCUGCCUACUCUGGCAUUCUUCGUCGCUUCGUCGAAGCUCUGGAGACACAGUUUGCUGCAGCACUCAUCGAUCCGAAAGACUUGGUCUUCAACGAGAUCUUCAUGUACGAUCUCAAGUCGCCUCAUCGCGAUGUGUUUAUGCCCAAGCCGCGAGCUGCAAUCGAGCGUGCACUGGCUUCUCCUCAUGAUUAUCUGGAUUGCGAGUGCUGUGCGCCUGAUGUGGGCACGGGUGAAGAGAACACAUUAGCUUCUACUCAGCCAUCAACCGCCAUCCUAUACCAGCUCUAUCUUGAAGGCGGAGCAUUGAUGAAUGUUGCCGAUCUACGGACUGCGUUCGUCACGAUACUGGGCGAUGACCAGGAUGAGGUUUUGACGAAAUAUCUUAGUGCCCUGUUCCAGCGUUCUCUGGCUGAACUGCGAUACCUUGGAUUAAUGAGAGGAACAAGGAAGAAAGCAGACCACGUUAUGAAGAUCUCGUGGAAGGGGGUCUAA